UCAAUCAGUCAUUUCUACAGAAUAUGUCGGAUGAGUGCUUGUGUGUUAAAGAAUCACUUUUGUUUAUUUUUCUAUUUAGACUAAAUUAAAUGUGCCUAGAGACAUGUACCGUACUUGGGUUCCUUAAUUUAAUGUAUACAAUAUAACGUCCGCUGUGUGAUAUUCGGAGAGUACCAUUGACGUAAUGAAGAUUUUGUGAAGAUGUGAUUAUUAUUCGUAUUUGGCUUUGUGCCAUAGAAGUUUUAUGUAAAACAGGCAAAAUGAAGAAUUUCGCGAUAAUAGUUCUGUUUUUAUUGAUCGAGGGAGCGUUUGGUUUUUGCCCGUCGUUAUGUUCUUGUAAAUCGAAUAAGUCCGCCGAUGGGCCUCCCUCGGAGCCCCUUCCCGGCGAUUUCUUGAGAUUAAAAUGUGGUGGAAGUCCUGCACAGAUCACUGAGCUUAAAGAGAUAGACCUGAGCAAACUGUGGACAUUGGUCGUUAGUCUAAAUCUAUCAGGAAACGCCAUAUCUACAUUAUCAAGAGAGCUUCAUUUGCCUAAUUUACAAAAAUUAGAUCUCAGUAGAAAUCAAAUAACAUUAAUAGAGUCCGACGCCUUCUACAACAUGACUUCAUUACAAAGAUUGGAUUUAUCUUACAACCAGAUCAGUCAUAUUUACAAGGAAAUGUUCAAGGGUAUGGUGAACUUGGAGAGGCUUAUGCUCACUCACAACCAUAUAUCGGUGUUAGCGGCCGGAACUUUUGAUUACCUUGUCGGACUUAAACAAUUAGACAUAGCUGACAAUCCCUUGAUAUGCGACUGCGAUCUGCUGUGGGUGGGAGACUGGUCACGGAACACGAGUGUCAAACUUGUCGGGAACCCAAAGUGUGCCUUCCCAGAGAACAUGGUGAACAAAACUGUAAGGAAGCUGAAGAUAUUUUUGGAUCUAUCGGCCUGUGGUAACGUGCUGCCGUCCCAUAAUCUACUGGUGAAGCCGAGUCACGAUCAAGUCGUGUUUGAAGGUGACACGCUGGUUCUCUCGUGUAACGCUCCCUUUGCAUCCGUUAUGGCAAAAUAUGAGUUGAAAUGGUACCAUCCCAUGUUGGAGAUAUGCGACGUAAACAUAACGAACACGGACAUGCAGGAAGAGGGUCUGGCGGAGACCAGUGUGUUCUUCCCGAAUAUAACGAUUCAUCAUAUGGGCAACUGGACAUGCGUGUACGGAGACCAGAACCAUCUGAGGCAUAAUCGCACGGUGCAAGUUUUAGUGAUAUCAAACCAAACUCAGUAUUGCAAGACGGAGCACACUAUCGACAAUAAAGGCCUGUACUCAUGGCCGCAAUUGUUGCUGAACCAUACAGCCAACGUGCCUUGCCGUAACGGUGAAGGUCUGGCCUAUAGGAAGUGUUACGCCAAUGCCACCUGGGGCCCGGCUAACACAACCGAGUGUUCAUACAUCAGUAAUAUAACGAAAUUACUACAGCAGUUCGCCUUGUUGAAUGUGAGUUUGGUGCAAUACUCGGCCUUGAACGCGACGGAACGGCUGGCGAUGUUGAUACGGGAGAAGACGUACCCGCUGGCAGAGAUCACGGACCCCGAUGAUGUAAUGUUCAUUGCCAAAGCUAUAAGGAAUUAUAUGCAGCAUAUAUCAGAAGAACGAGAUUUGGGUUCCACACUCCUGGAUGUGAUCAGUUCGGUGAUGAAUAUAUCAAGCGGGGUGAUGGUGAAGGCGGAAACCUUAUACCAGUCGUGUACGGACAUUGUGAAGGCUGCUGAAGAGAUAUCAGCUUACACCAGCAACGUUCAGGGGCAUAAGGUCAACUUGGCAGUGGAAAGGUUUCCCGUCCGCGAAGGUUUCAGCGGCGUGACCUGUGUGUGGUACAGCGUUUCUCGGGGCCUACCGCCGCGCCUCCACUGUUCCACCACCAACAGGACAGUGGCGCCACUGCUGACGGUCAGCGACGCUCUCAUACAUGCCAGCGUUCAGAUACCACAAUCUUUAUUGUACAGGACGACGGACUCUGGGGACGUUUUGCAGAGCAAACCUCAAGAUCUGAUUGUUUCUAUGUAUGAAGAUGCUUCCCUGUUUCCGCUUCUGCCCGCCAUGGACGACAGCCCCAUGCCUGGACACCGCUCCAAGGAUUACUAUGGCAGGAGUACUAAGAGGGAGGAUAUGAACAUGGAAAUUACAUCACCCGUGGUCGGAUUCCAGCUGAGCGGGGGAUCUUUACGUGGAUCUUUAUUGGAGCCGGUGAUAGCUACCGUUCGCGCCAGAACAACUGGCGGAGAAGAUGGACGUGCAUCCACCUGGGACCAGAGAGAUCGGAUAUGGAUUGACAAUACAUCAGAUUGCAAAGUGUCGCACGUGGUGUCCGAGAUGAUAAUAAUAAGUUGCACUCGUCUAACGUAUGUUGGUCUGUUACAAAACGUCGAGACGGGCAUCUACGGGGCCAGAACCGAUGGUGCGAGGUUUAAGGUCUCCCACCCAGCGGUGUACGUCGGCAGUCUGAUACUCAUCGGAUGCGUCAGCUGUUCCACGAUAACCUACAUCAUGUGCUUCAAAGCGGUCCAGAUGGCGAAAAAGACGAAGCACGCGCUCAUUAACACUUGGAUAGCCAUAGGACUGCUAUGCUUUCUGUACACGCUUGGCAUAUAUCAGACUGAAGAUGUGAAACUCUGCCAGAUUUUAGGUCUUCUGAUACACUACCUGUCUUUGUCGUGUUUGUUGUGGAUGUGCGUUUCCGCCAGUAAUAUGUACAAGUGGGUCACCAAGACCCACAACCCUGUCAGGACACCGGAAGACGAUUUACCACCGGAUGUGCCGAUACAGAAGCCUAUACUGGGACUGUAUCUUGUAGGUUGGGGGAUAGCUUUGAUCGUCUGUGGUAUUUCCGGUGCUGUCAAUUUGAAGGAUUACGCCGGAUAUUCCCAAUGUUUCCUGAGCAAUGCGCCGGCUUUGAGCGCUCUUUUCAUACCGGGCGGUAUCUUGCUAAUGUUUUUAAUGGUACUGUUCCUAUUGAUACGUUGUACUAUACGUAAUAUGAACGUGCAGUUGUCGGAGGGUACCCAGGCCACUGAAAACGUUGACCUCGAGAUGUGGGAACCGAACCAUGCGAAUGAUGGAGAGAGGCGUAGCAUUAAAUCUGUAGUCGACUCUGAAGUAGAUGAUGUGGAGCAUACACCCAUCAUACAGCUAAGGGCGCAAGUUAUUGUCUUGUGCCUGUAUUUGUCCGUGUGGACUUGCGGUGCGAUCGCUGUGUAUAGACCUCUACCCGCUUACUUACCCUACCAGGAAGACAUUUGCAGCAUAAUCUACGCAGUCUGUGCCACGGUAUUGGGAACUUUCAUUCUGUUCUUCUACGGCAUCGCCAGGAGCGACGUUCGAGCCCAAUGGUCAUUAAUGCACUGCUAUUUCCAAUCAAGCAAGCAAUGCUGUAGGAACAGAAGCGUUUUCGAUACAAAUCAACAAAAUUUACCGUCCGGUCAAGGCACCACCAACUCGCCCCAGCGUGUCAUAACGAACGAUAACAGAUCGAGAUCCGGUAGUAGAAGUUCCAACAGGACUAACACAAAAACUAAUAACAGCGGCACCUACAAGGCGGCGGCUGAGCUCAAUGGUCAAACGCAUCCCAAAGAUCUCAAGAACACUAAUGGAAAAACUCCCAAUAUAAACUUGGUAGUUCUGCAUCGACAGCAGUACAGGUCAAACAAUUCAAUGAUGACGUACCCAGAAAGGGGCUCAUUAGCGCCCGAAGUGUUCUACAAUCCUAACCAGAUGAAUGUCGCUAAGAAGUUCUUCAAGAAACAAAGGCAGAAUAUGAAAAGAAAUUGUCUCGAACUGCCCAUCAGGAGGGAUUUGGACGACGAGUCCCACGCCUCUCUACCGCUGCCGAACAAGGAAGCGUACAAUGUCGCUAACUUCAUAAACGGCGGUAUCAAGUUUAAUAACACCAACCAGCACGUGGAGAGGUCGGCUAACGGCAUCAAGGAAACCAGGAACGCUGGCAAUCCGAACCUUCUAGAAGACGAUUCAAAAGACAAUAUUGGGAAUUAUACCAACGAUCAAAAAUCAUGGGCCAAAAAGGACGAUCCCAAACAGGGUAGAGCCCAGAUAAUGAAUAUCUACACGAACGUCCCGGAGACGAGAGUACCUCAGCAUCAGGUUGUGAAAGCGAACGUCAACAAGAACUUGAACGGUCAGAGGAACAGCGUGUCAGAGGAAUGCUUGCAAGCGUGUGAACAACCGGAAAUGCGGACCAUUUCCCAACAGUGCAGCUUGGAAUAUAGCUCGGCGUCAGAAAUAGCCAUGCCUCACACGUGCUCUGACCAGACCUUGAACACUCAUUCAGAAAUGACAUCGUUCCAAGAGAAUAGUGCCUUAUGUUCGACCAACGAAAUAACCGACACCGAAAGCUUCGGGCAAUACAUAGACUACCUACAACCGAGUAAACCCCUCGACGGCAAGGAAGUCAUCGAUAAAUCCCUGCAGGAUAUAUCAGAGGAGUGCACCAUGAACAGCGACGACGUGAACAGAUCCGGCACGCCACAGAAAGCCGAUAGCGGCUCCGGCGAAUUGGACAAUUUGCUAGAAAAUCCUGAAAUCGCCGGAUCCAAAGACAAGAUGGAGGAAGAUAAAGACACAUUCUUCAUGGCGAAGACGACAUACGACUUCGAGACUUGCAGCACGAACGCCAGCGAGCAGGGCUUCGAAAACGAAAGCGACAUAUACUGUCCCAACUACCAAAUGUCUGAAGUGAGCAUCCGGAGUCACGGCUUGUACGCGCCAUCGCCGUCAUCCAUGUGCCCCAACGAGAUAAGCUUCAGCAACGAGGACGUGUCAACGUUAGAGAGCCAGUACGUGAACUACGACCCCGGCUGGCGGAAAACGAUAAAGAACAAUCCGAAACUAGGCAAAUACGUGCCCACCCCGGCUCUGAGCUGUCCGGAGGUCAACAGAGACAGUCCGAUAUCGUUCACGAGUGAAUUAGACGAACUUUAUACUCAAAUAACUAGUAGGGAUAAAGACAGGACGCGGAACAAGGAACAUGGCUUCGACGUCACGGUCAACAGUGACGUGACCUUGAAACCUGACAGUGACAGUUGUGUCAGUGAAGCCGUGUCCGACGUCGACGUUAAGAAGGCGACGGUCUAAAGUCAAAAGGAUUUAUAGAGUUAUAUGUAAAUAAAAACUUCUUGUUAUAAAGAAUGUAACUCCGUUGAUAGUGAUGUAUUUUAGAUUAUUUUUUUCGACUCUAAAACUGAACUGCCACUUUGUAUCGAGGCAUAUCGUGCCAUUAUUGUAGAUUUUUUUUAUAAGUAUUUUUUAAUCCGUAGUCUAUGUGUAAAGUUAUUUAUUUUUAAGAUUUUCAUUGAAGAUAAUAUCUACACGUCUGUAACGAGUGUCGCAUGAGUGGCCCUUUCUUAGAACGUUAACUGUAGUCCCGAUCUCGAAUACAUUGUCUAUUGUAAAUAUUGUUUUGUGAGCGCUGAAUGUUUUGUUACUUUGGGACGGUGUUUGUGCCAAAUUAUGACGGAUUGUUAUAGGUAGUUAUAGUUCUAACGAAGUUUUCUAUGGGAUCCUGUCUGUCGAGUCGCCGGCCUCGAUUCUAGUCCGCUUUGGCAUUUAAAUAUCAACAGUGUGAAAGUUUUUAUAGUACUAUUUGAAGGAAAAAAUAUAAAAUAAUCACAAAUCAAUAAUUUUAGAAAACAAUUUCAAUACAUGUAUAAUUUUAAAUAAAAACGACUGAUUUUUUCUACGACCCAUGUUAGAAUUAGUUAUUUUUCUAUUAUCCUUGCCACGACACAAAAUAAAACAUAUAUGGUAAUGCGGAUAUUGGUUAAAGAAAUUUUGAGAAAAAUCUAUACAGAUUCUUAUAUACCGAUAAUUUAUCUUAAGAAAUAUUUCCCGAUUGUGAUCGUAAUACAGAAGAAAUUUAUAACUUUACGGUGUUAAUUAGGAAACGAAGGCGUUGUACGGAGCGUAUAUAUAAUGUGUAUAUGUAUGUACAUUUGUAUUAUAUAUUGAUAUUGAGAAAGUUAUCAAACAAAUCUCCAGCUUAUACGAGCAUCGUGCAUAAUAAAAUGGCAUCUGUA